GGGGGUGGGGGGCGGGCCGGGGGCGGGGGGCCCGGCCAUAUGGAUGUGAUUUCUGCGCUCCAGGCAGACGGGCAGCUCCGCAGCGCCCGCCCCGGCCGCCGCCCGCUCUCCCCGCGCCCGCCCCGGGGCCUGGGGGAGCCGGGCAGCCGGGGUCCCCGAGGCCGGGGCGAGGGCGGGGCAGCCCCGCCUGACGCUGCUCUGUGCCCUCCACGACCAGGGCCCUAGGCGGACAUGGGGGCCGCCCGGAUCGCGCCCGGCCUGGCGCUGCUGCUCUGCUGCCCGGUGCUCGGCUCCGCGUACGCGCUGGUGGACGCCGAUGACGUCUUGACCAAAGAGGAGCAGAUCUUCCUGUUGUACCGAGCCCAGGCCCAGUGCGAGAAGCAGGUCAAAGAAGUCCAGCAGAGGCCAGCCAGCAUAAUGGAGCCGGACAAGGGCUGGGCGUCCACAGCCACGUCAGGGAAGCCCGGGAAAGACAUGGCACCCGGAGACCACUACCCUGGGUCCGAGGAAGACACGGACGGGCCCGCCAGCAGAAGGGGCUCAGCUCCCUGCCUGCCCGAGUGGGACCACAUCCUGUGCUGGCCGCUGGGGGCUCCAGGGAAGGUGGUGGCCGUGCCUUGUCCCGACUACAUCUUUGACUUCAAUCACAAAGGUCACGCCUACCGCCGCUGUGACAGCAACGGCAGUUGGGAGCUGGCGCCCGGGCACAACCGGACGUGGGCCAACUACAGCGAGUGCCUCACCUUCAUGCCCAAUGAGACGCGGCAUGGGGAUGUGUUCGAGCGUCUGGGCCUGAUCUACACGGUGGGCUACUCCCUGUCGCUGGCCUCCCUCACUGUGGCCGUGCUCAUCCUGGCCUACUUCAGGCGUCUGCACUGCACCCGCAAUUACAUCCACAUGCACCUGUUCCUGUCCUUCAUGCUCCGGGCCGUGAGCAUCUUCGUCAAGGACGCGGUGCUGUACUCGGGCGCCUCGGUGGAUGAGGCCGAGCGCCUGACCGAGGAGGAGCUGCGGGCCAUCGUCCAGGCGCCCCCGCCGCCCGCCGCCGCCGCCGUGGGCUUUGCGGGCUGCCGGGUGACCGUCACCUUCUUCCUUUACUUCCUGGCCACCAAUUACUACUGGAUUCUGGUGGAGGGGCUGUACCUGCACAGCCUGAUCUUCAUGGCCUUCUUCUCAGAGAAGAAGUACCUGUGGAGCUUCACGGUCUUCGGCUGGGGUGUCCCUGCCAUCUUUGUGGCUGUGUGGGUCAGUGCCAGAGCCACCCUGGCCAACACCGGGUGCUGGGACUUGAGCUCCGGGAGCAAGAAGUGGAUCAUCCAGGUGCCCAUUCUGGUCUCCAUUGUGAUCAACUUCAUCCUCUUCAUCAACAUCGUCCGGGUGCUGGCCACCAAGCUGCGGGAGACCAACGCUGGCCAGUGCGACACAGGACAGCAGUACCGGAAGCUGCUCAAGUCCACGCUGGUGCUCAUGCCGCUGUUUGGCGUCCAUUACAUCGUGUUCAUGGCCAUGCCCUACACCGAGGUCUCGGGCACGCUCUGGCAAGUCCAGAUGCACUACGAGAUGCUUUUCAAUUCCUUCCAGGGCUUUUUUGUCGCCAUCAUAUACUGUUUCUGCAAUGGCGAGGUGCAAGCGGAGGUGAAGAAAUCCUGGAGCCGCUGGACACUGGCAUUGGACUUCAAGCGCAAGGCCCGCAGCGGAAGCAGCAGCUACAGCUAUGGGCCCAUGGUCUCCCACACGAGCGUGACCAACGUGGGCCCCCGGACAAGCCUCGGCCUGCCCCUCAGCCCCCGCCUGCUGCCUGCCGCCACCAACGGCCAUCCCCAGCUGCCUGGCCACAGCAAGCUGGGGCCCCCGCUCCUCCAGCCCGCACCACCUGUAGCAGCCAGACCCAAGGACGAAGGCUUCCUCAACGGCUCCUGCUCAGGACUGGAUGAGGAGAAUUCCGGGCCAGAACGGCCAGCGGCUCUGUUGCAGGAAGAGUGGGAGACGGUCAUGUGACCAGGGACCCAAGGGUUGGGCCUGUGGACACAAGGGACUGAGACAUGGGUGGCUGGACAGUUUCCCACUGAGGACUGGGACCAGAAGGACAAACAGGAAAAGAGAAAAAAUAGAAAAAGAAAAAAAAGGAAAGGAA